GCUGACAGACGGUGAAAGCCACUAGCAGAGCGCUGUGUGUGUGUGUGCGUGCGGCGCGCGCGCGCGUGUGUGUGCGCGUGUGCGUGUGUGUGUGUGUGUGUGUUGGAGGGGACAAGACUUUGUUGUCGCUAAACAACGGACUUAAACGUCAAGUCGAGGGACUUUUAAACAAGCGCCCUGCAUCGAGGGUGUUCAGUGGAUUAAGAGCAAAGGCGACAUAUUGCCUCCGGUUCGGAAGCUGGGGACAUUGGCGCGGUCAGGUGCUUCUUGUCACAAUAGUUGGCCGGGGGCUGCCGCAUAUGUCGGAUUGGAGCCGUUAACGCUUCGACUCCAGCCCUCCCAGCCGAGCCCAAAUGCCGAGGAAUGGAUAGUGCGUCUGCUAUCGCCGAGAACAUGGUCGAGAGUGGCGAGAAGCCGGCGAGGGGCGACGGCGACGGCGACGCAGCCAUGGCCGCGCUCCACCAGUGCGAGCUGAUCCAGAACAUGAUCGAUAUCUCCAUCUCCAGCUUGCAGGGACUCAGGACCAAAUGCGCCGCGUCCAACGACCUCACGCAGCAGGAAAUCCGCACACUGGAGGUGAAGCUUGUGAAAUACAUCUGUAAACAGCUGCAGUGCAAGCUAAAAGUGCCAGAGACCGAGAGGCCCGACAACCUGGACAGCUACCCACGCUUGCGAGACUGGCUCCGCACCAUCAAUUUACCACCAGAACUCAUCCAGGCAGUGGAAGCGAAGUUCUCCCUGGAUGCCUUACUGCAGAUGGCAGGUGCUCAGGUGAGGGACACAAUGCGAAGGCUUGGCUUCACUUCAGAAGAAUGUGCCCGACUAAGUGCUGCCCUCUCCUGCCUAAAGAGCGCAACUGAAGCCGGGGGUGAACUGAAGGAAGACAGCACAACUUGGUUGUCUGAGCCCACCAGGAGGGACAGUGGUUCUCUGCUGACUGCAGAUCAGCUUUCCGGCCUGGGAAAUCCGCUCCGGCCGCACAGUCCCUCGCCUCUAGCCCGCCCGUCCACCAUCCAUUCAACACCCUCCACUCCCUGCGCUACUUUUCCUCAUCCCCGCUCUGGCUCGGUCUCGGCAGUCUCCACGCCAGAGGCGCAGACGCCGCACCUCUACGGUGAAAGCCCCCUCACCUGCGCGUUCCCCGCGUCCUUAGGUCGCUCCGCCCGGCUCCACGGGCACACUUCCACGCCACCUGUAACGCCACCAUCAAAGCGGCGUCACCGACUGAAGCCUCCGUGCACCCCGCCGCCUCCGUCCCGCAAAGUGCUGCAUCUGCUCCCCAACAUCACCCUCACGCGCAGCAAAAGUCACGAAUCGCAGUUGGGCAACCGUAUAGAAGACUCACUCACCAACAGAUGUGUCAAAAAGAACAAAAUCCUUUUGAAUAUGCAAGUCAACGGGAACGGACACGAGGACACGCCUUGUCGCUACCCUGCUGUUCCUGUACGAACCCCCGGGGUGCCCCCGGCUGCGACCACGAGGCCUUACACGCUCCCUGGUACACCCACCCUGUUGGAAGAACACAGUGUCAUUAAGAACAACAAACCAGUUCACCGCAGCUCCCCACAAGCAGUGCGGAGGGACAUAGGCCUUGCAGUCACACACAGGUUCUCCACCAAGUCGUGGCUCUCCCAGACAUGUCAGGUGUGUCAGAAGAACAUGAUGUUUGGGGUUAAGUGCAAACACUGUCGGUUAAAGUGCCACAACAAAUGCACAAAGGAAGCUCCAUCCUGCAGAAUUUCCUUCCUUCCAAUUGCCAAAAUUCGGAGGACAGAGUCUGUGCCAUCCGAUAUAAACAACCCGGUGGACCGUCCUUCCGAAGCUCCGCAGUUUGGUACACUCCCAAAGGCCAUUACCAAAAAGGAUCAUCCUCCCGUCCUGAACCAGCUCGACUCCAGCAGUAAUCCGUCCUCCACGACCUCGUCCACGCCCUCCUCCCCGGCACCCUUCCAGCAGAGUAACCCCCCGAGCGCCACGCCGCCACCCAACCCCUCGCCCAAAGGCCAUCGGGACUCCCGCUUCAACUUCCCAGCUGCCUGCUAUUUUCAGCAUAGACAGCAGUUUAUCUUCCCCGACGUCUCCAGCCCGACUACUUUACAUCCCGAUAUUCUCCAAGAUACAGUCUGUGAGAUUGAGCCAUCGGUAGAGGACAUACAUACUGAUCUAGUUGAAGAUGAAGAUGAAGAGGGAGGAGAGGACGACAUUGAGGUCGAAGAUGAAGACCCUGAUUUGGACGAGGACAAUGAGGACGAAGAGGAGGAUAUUUGCGACGAAGGAGAGGACGAGGAGGACGGCGAGGAGAUCCGGUUGAACGUGGGCUCUGACGGCGAGUGCGAAGGUGACCGGCUGGACGAUCUGCCCUGCUCACGGGGGAACCAGUGGAAGGUCCCCAUCUCCCGCAAAGCCAGCCAGACCAGCGUCUACCUGCAGGAGUGGGACAUCCCUUUCGAGCAGCUGGACCUUGGAGAACUCAUAGGGAAGGGCCGCUGGGGCAAGGUUCAUAAAGGUCGGUGGCACGGCGAGGUGGCGAUCCGACUUCUGGAGAUCGACGGCAACAAUCAGGACCACCUGAAGCUCUUUAAAAAGGAAGUGAUGAACUACAGGCAGACCAGACAUGAGAAUGUGGUGCUCUUCAUGGGGGCUUGCAUGGCCCCGCCCCACUUAGCCAUCAUCACCAGUUUCUGUAAAGGGAGGACGCUCUAUUCGGUUGUCAGGGAUACUAAAAACACUUUGGACAUCAACAAGACCAGACAAAUCGCCCAGGAGAUUGUCAAGGGAAUGGGAUAUUUACACGCUAAAGGCAUCGUCCACAAAGACUUGAAGUCGAAGAAUGUUUUUCACGAUACCAACAAGGUCGUGAUUACAGACUUUGGGCUUUUCGGGAUCUCCGGUGUCGUUCAGGAAGGGAGGCGGGAGAACCAACUCCAACUUCCACACGGCUGGAUUUGUUACCUCGCACCGGAAAUAGUGCGCAAGAUGAGUCCGGGUAACAACGAGGACAGACUUCCUUUCUCCACUGCGGCAGACGUGUACGCCUUCGGCACCAUUUGGUACGAGCUCCAAGUAAGGGACUGGCCAAUCACCAACCAGCCAGUGGAAGCGACCAUCUGGCAGGUGGGCAGUGGAGAAGGAAUAAAAAAGAUCCUGUCAGAGGUCAGCCUGGGGAAGGAGGUCACGGAGAUCCUGUCGGCCUGCUGGGCUUACGACCUGCGGGAGCGGCCGCCUUUCACCCAGCUGGCCGACAUGCUGGAGAAGUUGCCCAAGCUCAACCGCAGGCUGUCUCACCCGGGACACUUCUGGAAGUCAGCAGAGUUGUAGCGGCAAAUAUAAGCAAUGCAACACAAAGCCUGGGUCUGCCUUGCAUGCUCCCGAAUCCUUAACACCCACAGGAUUGUUCAAAGCAUUGCCUCCAACGCACUCUACUUACACACACACACACACACACACAAGCACUGCAGGACAUUAAAUGCACCCAAGAAAUCCUGAGGCGAUCUGCCCGAAGGUUUGACACCCGUUAGGCAGACCGCUUGCGUGAUGUGCUCUAAGCCUCUCAGUUCAAUAGGUUUCCAUUUUGAACGGUGAUAGCAUGUGUUUUGCAAAAGGUCCUUUUUUAAUUAUUAUUUACAGUAUUUAUUUUUGUCAUUUGGUGAACCCACCAUUGCAGUGUUUUGUGGCAUUUGUUUUGAAAAGAAAAACUACACUUGUUUUUAUUCUGUGCUAAUUUGGUGAACCCUCCACACUCACUUUAUUUUUAUUUUUUAAACAUUUAAUGACAUAUCCCCUCCCAGGGAAAGGUAUACAUGCUGGAUUCCCCCCCCCCCCCAAAAAAAAGCUGUCAAGUGCACUUUAUAAGAAUAUUAGUUAAUUUCAAGCAACUGAGUCAUUUCAAGAAAAGAAGAAAAAAAACACAAAAAAGACAUCAGGAACCUGGCGCAAAUGUGUCCUCUAUCUUCCGUAAACAUUACCUCUUGUUUGUGUUUUUUUUUUGCAGUUCUACUUACAAUGUGUUUCCGUGUGUGUGUUUGACUGAGUGUUGGAAAACGCUGGGUUAAUUUCUGUUCAUUUUGUGUUGCAAAUCUGUUAAGUACUGUAAAUGCAUUAUUUAAUGUACAGCAAUUUCUGACGAUCUUCUAAUAUUUGUACAAACAUUUUCUAUGUAAAAGGCAUCAUCACAUUUUUUUGAAUACGGUCCGCUUCCGCCGAUACAGAUGUGUAUAUAUAUUUAUAUUUUUGUCAUGUAUAAAGGCUGUACAAUGUUUUUUUUUUUUUUUUUAAAUGGGCCAAAACAUGUUUUUUUUUUUAAUGUUGUAAAAAUUCAUAUUUUUGUAUUGCAUGUGAAGACCGUUCUGUACUCGCAGGUUCUGUUUUCAUCCAUGGAAGACAAUAAAAUGAGGCUCAUCAUGUAACUGUUUAUCACUGCAACACGAGCAAAGUCUGAUAUCAAAAUAUUGUUUUGGGGCCAAGGACCUUUUCUCAAAAUGACGGGUGGAGCUUCAGUCGCUCAGGUCACAGCCUCGUCGUAAGGAACAACGUACUUUACUGCCAUCUUGUGGCAUCCGUAGGCAAUUUCCUCUUGGAAUAAUCAAAUGUUUGCAGAUUUGUAUGAGUACAUUACAAAAUAAGGCCAAUUACUUUUACAGUGGACCCCCGCAUCGGUUCAGAACCCACAGAUUCACCAAUUAUCGGUUUUUCUUUUCCAAUUUUUUUUUUCAAUUUGUUUCCGUUUUUUUUUUUUUUCUUUUUUGGGGUAUAUCCUUGCUUAUUCUAGAAUUUGGGGUCUUAAAUUACCACUGCAAUGGCCGUCAAUUAUCCGCUGAUUUUCGCUGCAUGCGGUCAGGCCACUGUACAUUUCUUGAAUGAAUCAGCUGAUUAAACGGAGUUUUGUUCUGCCAAAUAUCGGAAUCGGCAUCGGCCUCCAAAAAUUUCCAUCAGUCGGGCACGAGUAUUUAUGCCUUCUGUAUUGGUUUAUUGACACUGUUGUUGAAAAAAAUAGAAACAUAAUUAACCCGAGAAUACAAGAUGACAGCACGGCUGUUUGCUGCAGAGGAAGUGUCCAACUGUAGGUGGCACAAAGACCCAACAGCAGAGGGCAGGUUGCAACUGGGUCAUCCAAAUAUCGAUUGGACAUUGGCCAUCUCAGAAACGCACACUUAUCAGGGUGUCCUAAUCUACAGUACUUGCUGGUCGUCAUCUCGUUUUAGACAAAACUUUAAAGCCUCAACAGCAACAAAACAAAAACACCUUGCCUUUCACCUUGCCGCCUCGAGAGUUAUUUUGGCCGGGAAUCAAUGGAGUGUCAGUUAAAUGAGAACCAUUGACUGAUAAGAAGGGAGGGAGGAAUUUUUGCACACUCGACUGAUCUAUUCUGCACAGGAGAAGGCGCUACUGGAUCACGUGACCUUGAAGGGCCGCAGACAUGAAAUGUCCUCUUUCUCCACUGGACCAUGACAAAUCACAAAUUGUCCUUUUGCAUUUUCUUACAAUUCAUUAUUGAGUAGGCUCCCCUUGCAAAUACUGCAGAGGUGGAAAAAGUACACACGCUCGACAGAUUCUUUGUGGAAAAUAAUACAAUACGGAUUGAUUUAGCUCAUUUAAGUGGGGUCGAGGUGGGGGGGGGGGGGGGGGGAGUACAAACUCGAAUGUACUUAAGUACAAAAGUCAAAUACAUUUUUACUGUCAACACCUGCUUUGAGAAAAAAAAAAAAACCCCAAAAAACUCACUUCUGUGUAUCACACGCUAUGGGACCGUGACGGCUCUCACUUCCUUUCACAUUUUCUGUAUUUCCCAUGCCAGUGAUGCUAAAGUGAAGUACCGCUUUUGGUCAACACCCAGCCAAUCAAAUGUACAUUUAGUGAGCAGAGGCCCGAGUUAUACGACCAGCAGGAAAGAAAAGGUGUAUCUUUGAAAAGCAUGUGUGCAUAAUAUUUCAAAUGUGAGCACAUUGCAUUGAUUGAGUUCACAGUUCAAAUCCCAAACGUUUUCUGAACGUUUUAAAAGAGGGCCUCGACUGAGGGGAAUGUUCCAGUCUCGCAUCGUCCGACCCAGCAGAUGUUGCCACGCAGCAAGCGCUUCCUUUCCUCCCAAGAACCCAAAUGGAGAACUACAUCCGCCAGCAUGAAGGGCCCCGCGAUCCGUCCCCUGUUGUACGGCGUAAUUAUACUCAGGGCCCUGUUGUGUGGAGCUCAAAACAACACGUCUACUGUGUCUGCCGCGUCGGCCUCGACUCCACCGGCCGGCGCUAUUUCCCCGGUCCCGACAUCUCCAGCUGCCACCCCUCGGCUCACGUCGGCCGUCAGAAGCGCCUCGCAACGGAACCCUUUGCCGGACUCGACGCCGACCGGCGCCGCCGCACCCGUCGGCGUGCUGGACAGGAGAGAACUCUUGAUGCUAACGGGAGGCCUGCUCUUGGUCUGUGCCAUUCUGCUGCUGUCCACUUUAAUGCUGAUCUGCAAAGUGUGCCAGAUGAGCAAAAGUAACAAGAUGCCGGGCGGCGACUCUGCAAAACCAACCGCAUCGGACGGGAAAUACAAAAGUAACGCGGAGACGGAAGCCCAAGAGACUAGUAUGUUACUGACGAACUUGAGUAAAACACAGGAAGAAGUGGACCGUAGUGACAACCCCAAAGAGGAAGGGCAGAAGGUACGUGAGAAUGGAGAGACGGGAGAAGGGAAGCAGGAGGCUGAAGAGAUUUGUAAAAGUCAAGAAGCUGCUGAUGUCACCCCAGUUGAUGAUUCAUCCUUUGUGACGCAGCAAAAAGAUGUCGAUGGCCCCUCUGCCAACGCUUCAGCUGCCCCCUCCCCUGAUGCCACGGAGGAACAAAAAAAUGUGGUUUAGCGCUCUACGCGCGUGUGGGAUGGGAGGGAUGUUUCCUGUUCACCGCUUGUAUUUUUUGACAUUUCGCCCCCAUUGGCUCGACACAGCUUCUACUUUACAGCAAAGUCCAAAGUCCAAGCGCUCAUUUUGUUUUCUUUUUUCUUUUUCUUUUUUUUUUGCACCCCAAAACAUUCCAGCAACCCCCCCCCCCAAAAAUGUUGGCCGUUCAGUAUUUGCAGAUUCACAUACAGUAUUUGCUGAUUUUUAUUUGGGAAUUGUCUGCUGAAAACAAAACUAUUUGCUGUUUUUGUGCUCUGGCCAAAACAAUAAAAUUAUUAAUUUUGCAUGUCGGUAGGAAAUAUGUUGACAUGAGUUGAGGAGUUUCAUUUGGACAAACAGUGCUUUGCCGCCAUUUUGCGGCAUCUUGGUGUCAAGGAACUACGCUUUCAUUUAGACAUAUCUAGUACUUUGGCGCCAUCUUGUGGCAUGUUGUCGUCAAGUAACUAUGUUAAAGUGAGUUUAGUAGUUCCAUUUGGUCAAUAACAGAGCUUUUGCAGCUUCCUCUGAAAUCUUAGUGCGAUGAAACUAUGUUUAAAUGAGUUGAGGGCUUUCUUUUAGACAAAAAGUAGUGCUUUGGCACCAUCUUGGUGUCAAUUAACUAUGUUGAAGUGAAUUGAGAAGUUUCAUUUCAACCAAAAUAGAGCUUUCACUUUAACGGAAUACUGCGAUGUUUUUUCAAAAACAACUAUAAUAUCGAAAAUAAAAACGAUAUGCUGCACAAUUGCUUGAGAAAUCGGUUUUAGCGUGAUCGAUGAAUUCAAUUUAAAGAAUGUCUUUGUGGGCUGUCGAUUUUUCUGUGUGCAGCCCUGAGAGGGAAACGUUUGGAAACCCACGCUUUACAGAAACAUGCGCAUAUGUCGCCAUAAUUAGAAUGUGGCAUCAUAACAAAGCUUUGCACAAUUUGUUUAUGACAUAAACAUGCUUAUUGUACGAAUGACCUGCAAGUGGCAAGCAAAUAAAGAUUGUCAGCGCCGUCGCGAAUGCAUUACCAGCAA